AUGGAACACCUAGGGGGCGGUGGGGGCGGAGGCGGCCGUGAUGGUACCACAGGAGGGGGCGGAGGCGGCGAUGAUGGUACCACAGGCGGCGGUGAUGGUACCACAGUAGGAGGGCUUGCACUUGCAGGCGGCAGUGAUGGUGCGACAGUAGGAGCGCUUGCACUUGCAGGCGGUUGUGAUGGUGCUAUAGUAGGAGGGCUUGAACUUGCAGGAGGCAAUGAUGGUGCCACAAUGGGUGGCCUUGCACUUGGCGGCAGUGAUGGUGCCACAUUAGGGGUGCUUGCACCUGGCGGUAGAGAUGGUGCAACAGUAGGAGGGUUUGCAUUUUUUGGUUGUGGUGAUGGUGCUAUAAUAGGACUUACACGUGGUGGUGGCGGCGGCGGUCGCCGUGGUGGUGGCGGUGGUCGCCGUGGUGGUGGCGGCCGAGGCUGCUGUGCCCCAGCAUUGAAGCUAGAGAUCAGGAAAAUGCUGAGAAAUAGGAGCGGGGUAGCUAAAGAGAAGGGUUUGAUGCUCAUCUUGAAAUGUUUUUAA